AUGGCUUCUUACAAUGAUCAAGUUAAUAAAGUUGUAUUGGAACAUGCUCCAAAAUCAGCUAAGUAUGUUUCACAUUUAAUUCAAAAGGAGAUUUUGCAUAUUCUCGCAAAUAAGGUGUGGAACAAGAUUCGAGAAGAUAUUAGAGAGUCAAAAUUUUAUAUUAUUGUUAAUGAGGCACAUGAUGAAUCCAAGAAAGAACAAAUGGCUCUUAUAUUGAGAUUUGUUGAUGAAAGUGGUAUUAUUAGAGAGUGCUUCUUUGAUAUUUCUGAUGUUAAGGAUACAUCUGCAUUAGCUCUUAAGAAUAACAUAUGUUCUAUUCUUUCUCGUCAUACCUUUGGUGUUCAAAACAUUCGUGGUCAAGGUUACGAUGGAGCUAGCAACAUGCGUGGAGAGUGGAAAGGAUUGCAAGCAUUAUUUCUGAAUGACUAUCCUUCUGCUUAUUAUGUGCAAUGUUUAGCUCAUCGACUACAAUUGGCUCUAGUUGUUGCAUCAAGAGAGGUACAUUCUAUUCAUGAGUUUUUCAAUAAUUUGAGUUUCAUUAUAAAUUCUGUUGAUGCUUUAUGUAAAUGUUGUGAAGAAUUGCAAAUUGCCCAAGCAACUAAAAUUGCAAGCAUGCUAACUAGUGAUGAGGUUGUGACUGGGAAAGAUUUAAGUUCUCAGUUUGGUGAACGUCGACGCCAACACCAACAAAGUCAAAUCAUGAUAGAGCAUCACUAUCAUUUUGACAUAUUUAAUGAGGUCAUUGAUUUUCAGUUGCAGAAGCUAAAUAGUAGAUUAAAUGUGCAAGCCAUGGAUCUUUUGACACUUAGCAGGAUCCGAGGGAAAUUUUCUGCAACAACUAGUGAGCGAGUAUUUUCAGCUAUGAAGAUCAUCAAAACAAGGCUACGAAACAAGAUCGAAUAUGGCUUUCUUGUAGAUAAUUUAGUUGUCAACAUCAAAAGAGAAAUUGUAGAGACAUUUAGUUCAUAUUCAAAGCUUGAAGAUUUUGUGAUGUUAAAAGAAUGGCACUCACAAUUUUAG